AGCAAACCUGAGGAUUGUAACAAUGAUAGUGACUAUGAAAAUCAUAGUAGAAGCGAUUCUCGAGGCAAUAAUAACUAUGGUGGUUCAAAAGGUAGUUGUCAAGAUUUUACUAUUCAACUAAAUCGGCAGCUUAUUAUCGCACUUAUAUAUUAUAUUUUUAGACAGCUACAGGAACAGAGUAAUUCAUCUUUUGUACCUUAUGAUAACGAAGAAUUGAUUUCUGGCAUGUCUUCAUACUAUGAAAGAUGUACUCACAUUGAACAAUGGGAAUACCAUUCCAGUUUAAAAGCAUUACUUAACAAACUUCAUGUGGAAGGGAAAACUAAUGUUAAUAAAAUUAUUGAUGCUAUUUUAGGUCAAGGAAUUGAUAAUGAAGAAAUGUCAUCAGCUUAUGACAUUGGAUGGAGGCACGAAAGUAGUAAUAGUAAUGAAUCUCAAGAUGGAGGCACAAUACAGGAUGAGCAAAUGUAUGUUCAACAAGGUGAAGAGAUGCCAGAAUCACAAG